AUGCCCGGCAGACAUUCUGUUCCAGGCGACGUCUUCAACAAGCAGCGGUCGGCGGCCAAAUUCUGGGGCAUGCGCCCGUACAUGCGUGCGCGGAGCGCGUUUAUCCACGCGCUGCUGGACGUCGAUAGUCGCGAGUCGGUGCAGAUGCAGCUGGAGCACGCGAGGGACAUGCUGCGUCUGAGCCGCAGUGACACCGUUGGCAUUCGCAGCGCGAUGCCGGGCGCGAUGCUACAGCUGGGCAUGGAUCCGGAGUGCUAUGAUUUCCUCAAGUGGUACGAGAACGAUGGGCCAGCGGGGCGAUUACGACUGGGGGGAUAUGGAGCUGCCGUUCCUGGACGUGAAGGGUGCGGAUGCCUUCGAGGAUGUUGGGUCCGGAUGCUUUUGGAUCUGAAGGACUUGCAUAUGCAGAGCACAAGCGCGGCCGGCGCGGUGAUGGCUGACGCCCGCCAGCUGCGCAGCUCGAUCAUUGCGAAUAAUGCGGAAAUCUUACACCGCGGCGAUCAUACGGCGGCGGUUGCAUUGUUAGAAGGGCAGGUCAAGGAACUCUACAGGGCGAUCCACAGCUCCAACAAGCACUUUUGGGAAGUUCUGCUCGAGCCGGAAGAACAUUUGCAUGCGAUGCCUGGUAUGUAUUCGCCUGGCACACUAUCAGAGGUGCAGGUAAUGCUGCGAUAUAUCUAUCCCGCGUGGGCUAUGACGCCGGGAGCACUGGAAUUGGCCGAGGAUCUCACCAAGCGAAAACUAUAA